AUGGUGGACCCGGAACCAUUGGAGGAGUUGCUGGGCCGUUGCGAGCGGCACCUCAUUCUCAAUGAGUUCUCUGAAGCCGAGAGACUCUCUAGAGAGGUGCUGCAGCGCACUAUGUACAAUCCAGGAGAUGCGGAGGAUAGAGCUGCCGUGGUGCUUAUCCAGGCCCUGUACGAGACAAAGAGGUUUGGCUCGGUCAAGUCAGAGCUGCAGGCCCUGUUUGGGCGGCUCACCUCCACCCCCGCCGCCUCCCUGCUCCUCUACCUCUCCCUGGCCCUGGACUUUGCCGACCGCCGGCUGGAGGCGCAGCAGGUGACCCUGGACCUGCUGGCCACGCGGUCGCCGGCGGGCUCCUCGCCCUGGUCGCGCCGGCAAUACGCCGCGCUGCUCCACCUUUACGUAUUCGAGGUCCUGCUUCCCGAGCUGCACGAGCCCGCCCAGGCCGCGCGCUGGCUCCGGGAGUCGGCGCUCCCAAUCCCCGCCGCCCUGCGCGCCAGCCUGGCCGCCGACGGUGCGCUGCUCCUGCUCCUGGGUUACGCCGUGCUGCUGCGCCGGCGCCAGGUGGCGGCGGGGGCGCAGGGCGCGCUGCGCGCGCUGGGCGACGUCCUGCGCAUGGGCCUGCAGCUGUCGCCAGGGUCCAUCCCGCGCUAA